GAGAGAGGUGGUGUUAUACUAUAGUGUGUACGGCAGUUCUGUGUGUUUUAUUCGGCACUAGCUGUCAUGCAGGUGGAAUUUGCGUCUCGGCUUUUGCCACAGCGAUGGGGCAAAACUGAGCAAAUGAGUUCAUCACAUUCGGAGGGUUAGUGAUUUCAUAUCAGAUUUCAGACAGAACAAAUUAUAAUCUCGCUAUUAAUCCGAUGUAAUAGAGCUGUCAUUGUGGCAUAUGAUGCUAAACUGGAAAGGGUCUUGCCGCUGCGCACCUGAGGAUGGACAUUAUUUUGAAAAAAAUAAUCAAUACAAAUUUUUUAGAAGGUCCGCAGACCUUUUUUCCUUGUCAUUGCGUCAAUCACACCUUUUUUAAUCUGUGAAUGGCGCGACGAUUUUUAUAGCAUGACUUCAUGAGAUUCAUUCAUGUUUUGUGUAGAUGUAUAAAGCAGAAACUGAAUGGAAGGUGAGGAUGGUCGCUGUAGCUCGCUGCACGGUUUCAUUAAACCUGGUCUAAAAUCAGCCUGGCAGCUGGACGGGACAUCGCGAUUUUAGAAAUCGCAGUGAAAGUAGCAGUGUUUCUUUGAAGACCACAUCAUGGAAGAAGUUAGUAGCAGUGAAAGUGUGCCCGAUCUGAAAGAGUUGGAGGUGAAGGUGGGGAGGAAGACGCCGGAAGGUUUGCUCAGGUGGAUGCGGCAGGACGCAGCGCAACGCGGCGAGCACAGCAAAGUCAUCCGGCAGGAGAGUGCAGACAGCGGCGAGCAUGGACUGGAUGAGAAGAUCAGGAAGCUCAGAGUCGAGAUGGCUCAUCUCCGGGCAGUGGAUGUGAAAAUCCUGCAACAACUUGUGGCACUGCACGAGGGCAUUGAGGCAGCAAAAUGGCUUAUGGAAGAGCGUGGCAUGCUCACCAGCCACUGCAGCAGCCUGACGGGCAGUCAGUACAGUCUGGGAGGCAGCUGGAGCAGCCUACAUGAGCCUAAUGACAAGCUGGAUAACAUUUCCAUCGGCAGCUACCUGGACACGCUGGCUGAUGAUCUGGAUGAGUACUGCACCUCCAGCGGGGCCGAGUCGGUGCUCUGCUCUGCACCUGUGUGCACAGACAACUCCAAAUCCGCUCAGGUGAAACCCAAUUGCCCUAAGGAGGAUGUGAGACCUUCCAACCAUGACUCUAACCAUGAAGAAGCUAGUAAGAGUAAUGGAGCUAAUACUCCAGUCUUGGAUAGCACAGUUAAGCAAGAUACAGAGUCCCCUAAGGCUCUUGCAGCUGAGAGACUGGCAAAGACCCUGAGCCCUAAGGGUAAGAUUUACAAGAAUGGCAAGGUGGAGCUGGAAAGCUGCAAAAUGAACGGUAAAGUGCACUUGGAGUACGAUGCACACUGGCGCUGGGUGCAGUCACAGGAUGAUGUGACAUUUUUGUAAGGGAUUAAAAGAUGCUGGUUAUAUUUUGGACUUUAGAGCCUUACUGGACGGAUUGAUUUCACUGUUCGAUCGGUUCAUAACAACACUCUCAUGUACUUUUAAACUGACUGCUGAGCUUAAAUGGACUCAGAUAUGAUGUCAAAGAUCCCAAGGGGCCAAAGCUUAUAAAGCAUGAACUUUAGAUUUGUCUUUACAAUAAUUUAUCUGUAGAGAUGUUUAUCUAUUAAAACUAUUUUACUCAGUGAUUCCCAGCCCUGGUGCUAGAGUAUCCUUGCCCUGCACAAUUUCCUUGCUUUCCUUGUACUAACACUCCAACUUUGAUGCAGGAAGCACCCACUAAUUAUCAGAUUAGCUGGACUUGUGUUAGAGCAGGAACAUUAGUGAAAAUGCAGGGAAGGGAAACUCUAGGACUAGAGCUGGGAAUUGCUCCUGCAGUAUUUUAUAUGUAUGUGACUUUGGAAUCUGGUUUAUCAGUAAUUCCUCCAGUUCCUUUAAAUAUUUCUUUGCAGAUACAUGGUUGAUAAACUCGAGCAUUUUCUGUGUUAAUAUCAGUGUUAAUUAUUAGAUCGUCCUUGUUUUUUAACUUGUGCAAGUUGACCAAUUCGAAAUCUGACGUUUAUUUUAAAGUGUUUUAAUUAAAAUAGCCUGGUAAGUGAUCACUAUAGAAAAGAAAGAAUUCUUAUUUUCAUGUAAACUCUGAAAGAACCUGAAAGACUGAGAUAUGAAGAGUGGAUUAGCUGACAUUUAUCAAGUAUUUUAGAGAGGACCAAAGUUUCUAGCUAAUAAACACAAGAUAUCAUAGUGAUAUUUUUCUAUUUAUUCGAGAGUUUAAAUUUCCAUAAAUAUAAUAGAACAUUUGCAGUAUAAAAUUAAUGCACAUUGAUACCUUUUUUUUUAGCAACAGCACACCGUGCCCAGACUAUCAGGUUCGAGGUUGGCAUAUGCAAACAGAAAAGACAAAGAAAUCUACUUAUUUUAGUGAUAAAGGAUAUGUUUAAUAACUGAAGUUAGAGAGUAAAAGGAAACCAAUUAUUAAACAUGAAAGGUCUUUUAUUUUGUUGUAUUGAUUGUUCAGAAUUGUACAGAAUUGUAAAGCAAAAAGUCAGAGUUAAUUUUAUCUGGAUAGCUGCGAGCAAUCAGGAUGAUUUCCGUGUGUACGUUAAUCACAGAAUCCACGCCUACAUGAAUAUGCUUGUGCAAUAAGAUUAAAUAUAUCAUCAUUCGAUUUAAAUAUAUUUAUGUAAUGAACUAAUUCAGAUAAAUGUGGCCUGUCGAUUUACGCUGGAUCAUGCAACAGCAUUUUGACCAACUCUUAUGCAACCAUGUAGUAGUAUAGAGGCACAUUAAUGUAGUGAGAUCUUCAUGAUUGUGAAUGCAGGGAAUUGAAUGCAUGGGACUUUGUGUAUUUGAGAGGUCACAUUCUGUUAUGGGUUCUGUGUUAAAGAAAUAUUAAUAAUAAUUGUAAAAAACAAACAAACAGUGAAUUACUUAAAAAUGCAGUUUUUAUAUUAGUGUUAACCCAUAUUAGUGCCGCUGGAUGUGGUUUUGCCUGUUUUACUUAUGCAAAGAGAACUGCACUGCUGUAAUAGUUUUAUGUAAUGAAGCUAUAAAAAUGCUCUUCGACAUUUGAUGUGUUACCUAAUAAAUGGUGAUGUCUGGCUUACUUAAAGAAGUUUGGGGUUGUGAACAUGAAUGUUUGAAAAGCUGUGAAAUUGUGCUCUCUGGUGUAUUAAGGAAACACGUGGGAGAGUUAAUGUUCCCAGUGCACUCAGAGCUGUUCUCUGUGUCCCACACACCCACACUGAAUACUAAUAAUGGCUGUGCUUCUAGGAACAGUUUCCAUGACUACUGUUAGUGUGGGAUGUGUAUACAUGCGUGUGUGUGUGUGACUGUUCAGUGACCAUCAGGAUGAAAAAAAAUGAUUGCACAAGAGGCAGAGAGCAGGGGAUGUUAUGACAUAAAUCAAAUGAAGAGGGUGGAGUUUUAAGGUAGGGAAUGUAAGUGAAUUCCAGAAGAAGAAAUUAUACAAGUUGGAUGGGAUGAAAGGAGAGUUUCACACGGAGCAGCAGUAUAUAUUUAAUUACAUGUAUGGGAUAAAAACAGUUGUAGUAGGUUAUAGGGCCUCUGACUGGAUUGUCAAACACAGUAAUUUUGUGAGUGGAUCAUCAUGUAACCUAACAUUUCUGACUACUCUUUUCACACACACAAUCCUGCAUUAUAAUUAUGGUUUAGAACAUUAUGAUUGGUUCAGUGUUGUAUCAGAGUGAUAAGAUGGUUGUUAAAAUUUCGGUGCCUAUAAUGUUUUGAUCUGAUUACUGAGGGAUGAAUGCCAUUUGCUGUGGCCUGGCUCCCACUGUCUCUGACAUAUAUACACCACAAAAAGUCUAUAUUUGUAGACUAAAUCAGCAGCCUGGCCCAAAAUGGUGGGCAUUUUUAUGCUGGAAAAGACUGCAGGUUGAACAUCAGUCAAAAAGGAAAGAGAUUCUGAGAGAGAGAGAGAGAGAGAGAGAGAGAGAUGCAGUGAAAUGCUUGGGAAUAACCGACACUACAGUAUAUGUUCAUUUACCCCAUGCCCUGUAUUCUCUGCUACAUUUUUCUCUUAAAAAAAUAGACAGGGAAAGAAUGCACAUUGUACACCGUUUUAGCUGACAGUGAGAGUUGUGAGAGUGAGUAUCAGUGUAAUGACCCUGUUUAAAAGCUUUCUCAUGGCACACUCAGCACUCUCAACUCGGCAGGAUGCAUCCUGCUAAUAGGUUCCAAAUGAGAGAUAUUCGGUAAACGCAGCAAUAAAUUCUUCAAAUACUUCCUUUUUUACUUAUUUAACUUCUUUUAUCACUCUUGUUCUCUCUAUGUUUGGUUUUUUUUUUUGUCCAAAAGCACCAAUUUCUUCUGAUACAGAGCAUAAGACAUGUUAAAAAGACUGCACUUCUAUUUUCUUAGUAACAGUUAGUUUCUAAUACAAUGUCAUUUAUUUUUAUUCCUUGACCAGAGUUUUGAGUAAAUCAUUCCUUCCUGCUCUGUUUUAAUAAUUUGUCAUGGCCAGUAAAACCUUGGCUUGAUCUGCUUUUUCCAUGGCUGUUCAGACUUCAGACACGUGUAA